AUGGUUUACUGCGAUCAGCGUCUCACAUACCGUAAGAUUGAGUCACUUCAACUGACGUCCAUCAUCGUCGUGUUGCUGCUUGGUCUCACAGUCCAGUCGGUGGACGGCUGCAACGAGAUGGUUUGUGCCAGCAUCGUCUCAAAGUGCAUGCUAACGCAAAGCUGCAAAUGCGACAUGAAAAGCUGCACAUGCUGCAAGGAAUGCGCCGAGUGUCUGAGCUACCUGUAUACCGAGUGCUGCAGCUGCCUGGAGAUGUGCCCUAAGCCGAGCGAGACUUCGAACGAGCUUUCAAAGCAAUCACACAUCGAGGACCUGGAGGGUUUCCCGAAUUUGUACGACGUGAUUACGUCCGAACAGGAUGCACAGGGCCGCUGGAAGGUGAUCUCCUUCCCGAUCGAUAUCGAUGCUGCGUUAUACGGUCCGAAAGCCGAUACCAAGUUCCUUGUCCACUCCAUCGACAUGGAUCUGAAGGCGAAGAGGUAUACCGACCCGAACAAGAUCACGGUGAACUGCACAGUCGCCUACCAGGCACAGUGCAUGUCUUGGAAUAAGUGCAAGGAAAGCUGCCGAACGAUGGGGGCUAGUAGCUAUAGAUGGUUUCAUGAUGGUUGCUGUGAGUGUGUUGGUCAGUACUGCAUCAACUAUGGCAUUAAUGAAUCGCGCUGCCGUGAAUGUCCGGAAAGCAAGGAACAUGGCGCAGAGGAUUUCUUCAACGAGGACGAGCUCGACUACGGGGACAGCGUUGGUCCGAUGGACAACUCGCCCAUUUAG